CCGUUGGCAGGUUCGCCCGCGCAGGAGGCGGCAUCGGCGGCCGCGGCCGCUGGCAGUGCGCUCGGUGACGCCGCGGUGGACAUCCGCGCGCUGGUCACGGGCGUCAUCGGCGGCGUCUUCGGGUUCGUCACCGCGGCGGCCUGCUUCGGGUGCUGCUGCGCGGUGCUGGGGCACGACGCGCGGCCUCGCAUCCGCGGUUUCGUGGGCCUGGACGAUGGCGGUGCCCGCGACGACAGGGCGUACGUGGUCUGGCACCAGCACGUGAAUCUGGGACGGGUGGCGUUGUCGGAAGCUGAUCACGUGAUCUACACGGCGGACGGUGACCUGUACAUCAUCGCUCUCGCCAACAAUGCUGAUGUGCAGGCGGCGCAGUUCGGGGCCUUCGAUCAGCCGCCGCCAGGGAUCGCGCCCAAUCUGGUGUAUCGGUUGCGGGCCGAGCCGACUGGAGCUCGGCCAGCUCACGGCGGAGGCGGAGCAGGUGGCGUGGCCAUGGGCGAGUGUCGCCGCCGCGCUCAGGCUAUCGGCAACCUGGGCCUGCUGGCGAACCUGCGGCCGCUCGUCACGCCGUGCGGGGGAGCUGCCGUGGUGACGAUAGCGCCGGCGGGCCCCGCCUUGGGCCUGUCGCGCGGGGCUGCUCCUGCUGGACGUGGUGUCGGCGCCGGCGACCGAGGGUCCUCCCGAUUGUGCGGGGCGUUCAGGGCCACCAGGCUUUGCCCUCGCCUGAGGGUGGUGCCGAUGGGCUGGUCAUGGGCCACGUGGUGGUGCCAGUCCGCGAUGGAGCGCGCAGCAGAGGCCGCUGGUUGCCAGGAUGACAUGCGGCUUCGCGAUGGGCGUCCUGCACCGCCGCUGGGGCCCGCUUGCCACCUUGUGUGCGUCGACCACUUCGUGAGCAUCGAAUACGAUGCCGUCGCCGUUCGUGAUGCCGUCGUUCGCGUGAUGGCGGAGCCGAAGCGGCGGGGUCUCGCCGUGACGCAUGAGGGGCACCUCGGUGACAACGCGGGCGAGUACUCUGUGCUGGGAUUGCCCAUCACCUCAGCAGGCCGCCUGUCCGCCUCGGCCUCCCGGCUGUGGCGCGCGCGGCUGGCCGGUUGGGCGCUGCUGCGGCGCGGUCGCGCCAGUGGUCGUGAUCUCGAGCGGGUGCUGGGCCGCGUCGUCUUCGUGGCGAUCGCGUGCCGUGAGGGGCCCAUCAUCUUCGAGUUCAGCUGUCGUUUCGUCCAGCAGUGCCACCGCCGCGAGGUGCCGCUCUGGGCUCAGGUCAGGCAGGAGUUCAUGGCCUGG